AUGGGCCCCAUAGGCACUUUCCUGCUCUCCAUUGGUGAGUCUCCAGGGUCCGCCCUUGGGAGGGAAGGACAGCCCACCCUGUGGGCUGUCCCCAGUCCUGUGGUCCCCAAGGGAGCAGAUGUGACCCUCAGGUGUCAAGGCCAACUGGAGAGUGAGACAUUCCAGCUAUGGAGCGAUGGAGAAUUUAGAAAUGAGACAAUUGCAUCCCAGCGUGUGGCGGAGUUUGUGCUCAGGAAUGUAGAUGACAUGACAGACGCAAGAAGCUACAGCUGCCGCUAUGGGCGGGGGCCCUUCUGGUCAGAGUUCAGUGAAGCCCUGCCUCUGGUGGUGACAGGAGCCUUCCCCAAACCCUACAUUUCCGCCUUACCUCCAUCCAAAAUCUCCCCAGGGAGCACAGUGAACAUCUGCUGCCAAAUGCCACCAAGGGGACCCUCUCAGGACUAUAGCUUCGCCCUGCUGGAGGCACAGAGCCUGAAGCCCUGGAAGCGACAAAACCCAGCCAGGAUCCGGGCUCUUUUCUCACUGCUGUCUGUGAGGGCCCAGGAUGCUGGGAACUACAGCUGUAUUUACUACAACAAGACGGCUCCCUACAGAGGCUCCCAACCCAGCCAGGCCCUGGAGCUGACUGUGCUUGGUGACUAG